AUGCCGCGCAACCCCCCGCCCCGCCGCGAUGGCAGCAAUCGCGGGCCGGAUAAUGGUCGUAGGCCACAAGGCGGUCGCUUCCGGCCUCGCGACGAACCUCCGAGAAAUCGCGACAGUUGGCGACCCGAUAAUUCAUAUGCCGAUAGAAGAGAUCGCGGUAGCUCUAGGUCACGGACUAAUGGCGACCGACCUCCGCAGUCGAAUCGUUUCCAUGCGCCACCCCAAGGCGACUUCACGUUUCGUAUGGAUAAGCCUGUUGGCGUUGGCGAGUCCGGCCCGGGCGGCCAUGGCCAGCGACGUGAUGGACGGCGAGACCAGCGUCGGCCCGCACGAGGGCGCGGAGGCCGCAGAUGGCAGCCUCCGCCCCCGCCGUCUGAGCGUGCACUGAUAUCUGGCGCAACCUUGAAUCUACCCGAGGAGCGACUUGAUGGCGUCGAUGGGCCACACAAGUUCCGUGACCUGGACGAGCUCUCAGAUGAUGAUGAGCUCGCUAUGGACAUCUCAUCACAUUCUGAUGAAGAAGACAGCCAAGAGCCAUCAACAAAAAGACAGCGAACGGAAGCAGCCGAGGAGAGUGCUGCGGAGGCACCUAAGUGGUCCAACCCAGAUCCCUACACCGCAUUGCCCUGCCCCGAGGACGUGACGAAGAAGAAGCGCGACGUGGUCAAACUGAUUCGUAAAGCCCGUAUGGAGGAAAAGGGAGAACUUGGCGCACCGUCGCAGGCCGAGGACUUUCUGUCCUUUGAUCCGACCGAUGAUGAAGACGAGACUAGCGAAGAAUCUGAGUCUGAAAAUGAAGCCGAGCCAGAUUACGAGCCACCACCCCCUACUAUACCUACUGGGCCAGCAAGUAUGAAUGGUACCGCAUCACAUUCCCUGCCGCCGCGGCCACAAGUGCCAGAAGUCAAGUCUAUGACCAGCAGUUCCGACCCUCUAGGAUCGCGAAAGCGAACUAUCGACGAUGAGAUUAAACCACCAAACUAUGGACAAUUCAAGAAAGCGGGGGCGAGACCUGCCAAGGGUUCCAUCGCAGCUGCAUGGCUGACGAAGAAGGAUGAGGACCCCUCCCCUUGGGCCUCGGUGGAUCACACGGCGACAAAAGACAUGGCGUUCCGCCUUCACAAGGAAAUCAUUGAUUUCUACGAGUAUGUUCGACCGCGUGACUUUGAGCAACGUAUUCGAGACAAUCUCGUCGAUAAUCUAAAGAAGGCUAUGAGACGCGAUGGUAGAAACUUUGCCAGUGCUCACGUCUUCCCCUUUGGCUCUUUCAUGUCAGGGCUUUAUCUUCCCACUGCGGAUAUGGACAUCGUUGUCUGCUCAGCGAGUUUCAUGCGAGGCGGCCCGCCAACCUAUCUCGGCGCCAAAAACUGGCUCUAUAAGUUUCAAAAGUUUCUGGUUGCUCAGCGAGUGGCCGAUAGCGAUGCAAUUCAAGUGAUUGCACAUGCGCGCAUACCUCUAGUCAAGUUUGUUGACAAGUUCACUGGCCUGAGAGUUGAUAUUUCGUUUGAAAACCUCGGUGGUGUCAAUGCCAUCGAGACAUUUGUCAAGUGGAAGCAGCUAUACCCCUCCAUGCCUAUCCUCGUCACUGUCAUCAAGCACUACCUGCUUAUGCGCGGCUUAAAUGAGCCGGUAAAUGGUGGAAUCGGUUCAAAGUCGAAGCCUCGUUCCGGAACACAAUCUUGGAGAGAUGUUGCUCGACCAGUGGGCUACGUCAAAAAGUCCGACGUUCGUUCAUUUACCUACAAGAGCACAGACAGGCUUUCAAUCAUCGAUCCAAACAACAGUGAGAAUGACAUCUCUGGAGGCUCCUCCAAUGCAGCCACCAUUUUCGCACGCUUUGGCGACACAUUCAACACUCUUCGCGACAGAAUGACCGAAGUUGCACGAGACCCGUCAUGCGGCGGUAUACUCGAUGUCAUUAUGAAGGGCGACUACUCUUCUUUCCGACAGCAGAGAGGUUUCUUGAAAAGGGUUCACGAACAGUUCCUCGGCCCUUGCUCAGACUAG